AUGAAGCAAAUGACACUGUUGAAUCCCAGCGUCUGCCCACAAAUUAUCAUCAGCUCUUCGAGUAUCAGAGAUCAAUUGACUUCCGAUCUUGUGAUCUCUAUCCACCAAGACUAUGGUAUCAUUUAUACCAAUACUUACCUUCAUACCCCUUCGUUCGCCCAAGUAAUCACGGGUGGAGACUAUGACCUUUUCUCCUCUUUCAUGGCGGAUCCAAAGCCAGCUCAUGUGCCUGAAAACCACCAUGACUUUAACUAUCAACAAUCCUCCUACAAACCUGCAUCCUGGCUUGCUUCUCAGUCAGUAUUGACACCAGCACCACUAACAGUUCAUCAUCGUUUAAUAGAAGGAUUGCUUUACAAGUGUUCUAGUCUGCAGUCUUGA